AUUAGGUUUUUGGUUGCAAGUUCUAAGGGUGUGGAUAAGUUGCUUAUCUGAGAAUUCAAGUUUAAGAAUUGUGAUAGAGUAGUUUGACUCUGUAUAAUAUCAUUACUAGAACGAAAUCAUUGGAGUGUCGAACUUAGAAUUGAAUUUUGGGUUUUAGAGGGAAGGAGUGGUGGUUUGAAACUAGUUUGAGUAUUCUUUUUGGUGGCUUUGAUUUCUAUGCAUUUAUUGUAAGUAAAAGAUGUAUAGCAAUUUUAAGGAGCACGCGAUAGAGUAUGUGAAGCAGGCAGUUCAUGAGGAGGAUGCCAGAAACUAUAGCAAAGCAUUUCUGCUCUAUAUGAAUGCAUUAGAGUACUUUAGGACUCAUUUGAAGUAUGAGAAGAAUCCAAAGAUUAAGGAAGCGAUUACUAAAAAAUGUAUGGAAUAUUUGAAGAGGGCAGAGGAGAUAAGGGCCAUUCUCAAUAAUGGGAGGAGUGGGCCUGCCCCCAGUGGUGAUGCAAUAGUUGCUAGCCAACCAAAGACAAAGUCGAAGGGAGGAGUGGGGAAAGAUGCGGAGGAUCCUGAGCAAGCAAAGCUUAGGGCUAGCCUUGAUUCUGUGAUAAUCAAGGAGAAAACAAACGAGAAGUGGAGUGAUCAUGCAGCCGAGCUUGAGAGUGCCAAACAGGCAUUGCAAAAGGCUGUAAUACUUCCUGUGAAGUUUCUCUAG